AGGUUGUACGGAAUGUUGCCGGUGUAGCAGGAACUCCCGCCAUUUUUCAAUCAGCUAUAAACACUCUUGUUUAUGUAAUCAACACGACCCGCAAAACAGUAUCUACGCGGUGUACAGUCGCGGCGGACAAGGGAUUGGGACGUCGUUCUGGCCUGGAUAUUCGACCGCAACACGGACCGGAGCGGCUUUAUGAAAGUCCGCCAUACCCGCUCUGACGGACCGCCUCCGCCGCGUUUCGCGCUUUCAUCUCCGGCACUCAGGAGCUUCCGUUCACUCCGUACAAAACACCCUUACAGCCAGAUCACCAUGACCUUAUCGGCUCUCGAGAACCAGCGAAUCUUACUGAGAUGUAACUGACCUAAAAAGCCGUUGUUUUGUUUUCGUUUUGUUUUCACGCGCUUCAUAAAUUCAAGCCCCGACGCUACUCCGUCAUCACGCGCAGAUUUCGCUGGAUAUUCGGUCCAAGAUUAGACAGAGCCGGGUUCUUUCGGUACUUUACCGAUAGUUCCGUGACCGCAGCAGCAGUUGCCCAAGAUGGCACCGUUGCUGGGUCGGAAGCCGUACUCGUUGGCUAAGCCGCUAUCGGAGGCGCCAGGCCCUGGAGAGGAGGUGUUUAUCAUCGAGCACACUAAAGAGGCCUUCAGGAACAAAGAAGAGUAUGAAGCUCGAUUACUUCGGUAUGGAGAGAGGAUAUGGACAUGUAAGAGCACAGGCAGCAGCCAGCUCACACACAAGGAGGCCUGGGAAGAGGAGCAGGAGGUCACUGAGUUACUUCAGGAGGAGUAUCCAACUUGGUUCGAGAAGCCAGUUCUGGAGAUUGUGCAUCAUAACACAGUAUCCCUUGAUAAAUUAGUGGACCUGGUCUGGGUGGAGAUUCUCACCAAAUAUGCUGUAGAUGAGGAGUGUGACUUUCUGGUUGGCCAGGAUAAGACUUUGCAUGUGAAAAUAGUAAAGAUUCAUCCACUUGAGACACUGCCAGAGGUACAUGCAGAGAAAAAGAUGAAAGGAGCUUGUGAUUCUCCAUCCAGUGAUAAAGAAAAUUCCAGUCAGGAGAACCUGAAGAAGGAACUGCAGUCCAAAGAGGAGGAGAGCAGGAGAGAGAGUCUCUCCGAUAGGGCUCGUCGCUCACCCAGAAAACUUCCCGCCAGUACGAAAGAAGAGAAAAAGAAAUGGGUUAUGCCCAAAUUUUUGCCCCACAAGUAUGACAUCAAACUUCUCAAUGAAGACAAAGUCAUCAGUGACGUCCCAGCAGACAGCCUGUUCCGAACCGAGCGGCCACCCAACAAAGAAAUCAUGCGCUACUUCAUCAGACACAACGCAGUGAGGUUGGGCUCAGGAGAGAGCGCUCCCUGGGUGGUGGAGGAUGAACUGGUGAAAAAGUUUAACCUGCCAAGCAAAUUUAGUGACUUUUUACUGGACCCACACAAGUUUUUGGCAGAGCAUCCUUCAUCUAAGAGGAAAAGCAUGGGCUCACCAGAAUGUAAACCCAAUAAGAAGCAAAAGACUGUGGAGUUGGGAACAGAGAGCGAGGGAGUCAAUAUAAAAGUGGAAAAGAAGAAAAAGAAAAAAGACUCUCAGAACAUACCACUCAGCCCAACCCUCUGGGGACAUAUGCAGGCAAAGAAAAUUAAUGGAUCCCCUUUAAAAAUUAAAAACUCUGGUACAUCAAAGAAAUCUGAGGACAACAACAUCCUCGGCACACCAAAAUCUAGCAAAAAGCAAGGAGACAAGAGACGCACCGAUGUCAAAAGUAUUCGCAAGAGUGGAGUUGCCAAGACUCUCAAUAGCCAGAAGGCCUACAAAAAAGAGGAGAAAGGCUCCGGAAGCUCCAAGAAACCUAAAAUGAAGCAGAUGACCCUUUUGGAUCUUGCCAAAAGCCCGUCUGCUACAGAAAGCUCAAAAAAGAGAGCUCAGAGUUCAAGUGCUGGAACCCCCAAGCUGGGCAAAGCUCUGCCGCCUAUGGCUUUGCAUCUCCUUCGCUUUUACAAGGAAAAUAAGGGCAAGGAGGACAAGAAGACCACUCUGUCCUCACUGGUAUCGAAGGCAGCAAAAACACUCUCUGCAGAAGAUCGCAACCGACUACCAGAGGAGCUCAAAGAGAUUGUGCAGAAGCGCUGGGAGUUUCUGGAGCAGAAACAGCGCUGGGCACUCAUGAGUGAAGAUGAGAGACGGCAAGAAAUUAAACAGAAACAUCGCGAGAAAGCAAAAGAGCGAAGGGAGAAGGAGAUGCAGAUGAAACGGGAGAUGUCGCGCCGUUACGAAGACCAGGAAAUUGAAGGCAAGAGUUUGCCAGCAUUCCGUUUGUGCGACUUGCCUGAAGGGAUGCCUAAUGCCCUCUUUGGCGACAUUGCCAUGGUGACGGACUUCCUUCAUUGUUUCGCUGGCCUGUUGAUGCCAGAUGACCAGUAUCCAAUCACCUCUGUUGCUUUAAUGGAAGCAAUAGCAGGAGAGAAAGCAGGUUUCCUCUACUUGAACCGUGUUCUGGUGGUGCUGCUUCAAACACUGCUGCAAGAUGAGUUGGCAGAAGGAUACAGUGAACUAGACGUGCCAUUAUCUGAGAUCCCGUUAACAAUGCACUCCGUAUCCGAGCUGGUGCGCCUGUGCUUGCGACCGUCAGAUGCGCACGAAGGUGAAGAAAGUGCCCGCAGCUCAGAUGACUGGCCACCCGGUGGUGGCUACGAUGACGUGGUGAGCAGCGAGUUCUUGGAGAAGCUUGAGACAUUAGAGGUGUUUGAGCUGACCCCUCAAGAGAAGGUCAGCCUGCUGGUGGCACUUUGCCAUCGUAUCCUCAUGACCUAUUCGGUGGAGGACCAUGUCGAUGCCAUACAGCAGCGAUCAGCUGAGCUGUGGAAGGAACGACUUUCCUUACUCAAAGAGGCCAAUGAUCGUAGAAAGGCGGAGAAGCAGAAACGCAAAGAGCAGAUGGAGGCGAAGGCAGAUGGAAGUGGAGAUGGACCAGUGAAGGCAGAGAAGAAAGAGGCAAACGUGAAUAAAGAAAUGCAGAAAGAAACGCCAAAGGUACAAGUGGAACCUGAGACUGAGGACAUGAUCAGCACAGUGAAAAGCAGACGUUUAAUGUCCAUUCAAGCCAAGAAAGAAAAAGAAGAGCAAGAAAGACUCAACAAAGAGCGUAUGGAGAAGGAGGCAGAGGAGGAGAGAAUCAGGAGGCAGAAUGUGGCGGCAGAAAGAGCCUUUCACGAAGGUAUCUCUAAAGCAAAGCUGGUCAUGAGAAGAGUGCCAUUGGGUACAGACCGCAAUCACAACCGGUACUGGCUGUUCUCCGAUGUGGUUCCUGGACUGUAUAUUGAGAAGGGUUGGGUACAUGAGAGUAUAGACUACACUUUCACUCUUCCUCCUGAGGAGCAACUUGUGCAGACAGAGGAAGAGGGCAAGAAACAGGAAGAGAUGAAGAAAGAAGAAACGGAAGAACAAUGCCAUACGGGUCUGAGAUGGCAUAAAGAUGGAGAGAAAGAUGAGGAGGGCAGCAUAGCCAGCACUUCUAAUGAAAAUGGCCAGCAGGUGGUGCCAGUGCCUGAGACUUGCAUUGAGACCACUGUGCCCAAACAAGGCCAAAACCUCUGGUUUGUGUGUGACACACCAAAAGAAUUAGAUGAUCUCUUAGAAAGUCUGCACUCUCAGGGAGUAAGAGAGAGUUACCUUAAACUCAUUCUAAAGGUCAAAUACCAGGACAUUUUACACUCCAUACAUCUGACGAAGAAAGGUAACCCUGGCCUGAAGGCCUGUAACGGACACCAGGAGCUGCUGAAUUUCUUGCGCAGCGACCUCAUCGAGGUGACCUCUCGUUUGCAGAAAGGAGGCCUGGGCUACAUGGAAGAUGUGUCUGAAUUUGAGGAGAGGGUUAGUCAGUUGGAGAAACUUCAAGACUUUGGUGAGUGUUUGAUCACCCUGCAGGAGAGUGUGAUCCAGAAGUUUCUGCAGGGCUUCAUGGCACCUAAACAGAAAAAGAAGAAAAAGACUGUAGAGGAAAGCACAACCACAGAGGAGGUGGAUGAUCAGAAGAGACUGGCUGAGGAGGCCAGGGUAGCGACAGCGGUAGGGAAGUGGAAAACUGCAGUCCGUGAAGCUCAGACUUUCUCUCGAACACACGUGUUGCUCGGCAUGCUGGAUGCCUGCAUCAAGUGGGACAUGUCUGCAGAGAACGCCCGCUGCAAAGUGUGCCGCAAGAAAGGAGACACUGCCAAGUUGAUUCUGUGUGAUGAGUGUAAUCAAGCCUUCCACCUGUUAUGUCUGCGGCCAGCUCUUUAUCAAAUACCUUCGGGCGAGUGGCGCUGCCCAGCCUGCCAGCCAUCCGCCGAACGACGCAGCGCUAGGUUAAGGAACUACAAGGAGGACAGUGAGGAAAAGGAUGACUCCGAGGAGGAAGAAGAUUCUGAAGAAGAAUCAGAUGAGGACAGGGACACAGGCCACUGCUUGAGGCCAAGGAAAAAGUCAAAGUCAUCUUCGAAAUCCAAAGUACAGAGUAAGCCACCACAAAGUAGACCACCUCAGUCUAGAUCUCCACCACGGACUAGACCUCCACCACGGUCUAGAUCUCCACCACAGAGUAAACCACCUCUGAAGCAAUCACCUCCUAAUGCCAAACCAGCACAUAAAUCGCAACCAGUAGCGAGCAACUCCGCCGACAUCGAUGAGCUGGUUCAACAGAGCUCCAAGUCAGGAAGUAAGAAACAAACGGUUCAGCUGGAGAAAUGUGAGGAGAUCCUUCAGAAGCUUCUGAAAUUCCGCUACAGUUGGCCCUUCAGGGAACCCGUGUCUGCUGAAGAAGCUGAGGAUUAUCAAGAAAUCAUCAGCAACCCGAUGGACUUCACCACAAUGCAGAACAAGUUCACGUCCCAUCAGUAUCGCAAUGUCCAAGACUUCCUAGAGGACAUGAAGCUCAUCUUCUCCAAUGCAGAGGAGUACAACCAGCCCAGAAGCAAUGUCCUCAGCUGCAUGGAGCGCACAGAGCAGGCUUUCAUCGAGCUUCUGCAGAAGUGCAUUCAUGGGGUCAGCUACAUGCGCCGGCGAACGCGCAAACGCCCUGUGUUUUCCUCUGAGGACGACGACGACGACGAGGAGGAAGAAAGUGUGAAGAUACAAAACGGGAAGCAAACAAAGGCCAGACAGAAGGAAGGUGCAGGACAACGGAAAACCAAGCAAAGCUGUGGAUGGCAAAAUCGAGCCGACAGUGAAAGCGAGGAAGACGACAAGGAAACAUUAGAGAGGAACAGCAAGCGGACUAAAAAGAAGCUUUAUCAGGAACAGGAAAGUGAUUGUGAGAAGGACAGCAGAAGAACAGGAUUGAGAAGAACAUCACGUGGCGUGACUGAUGACAAGGAAGCCAGCAGUGACGAGGACUCGCCCGCCCAGCAACAUUCCAAGAGGUUAAAACGCACAUGAAGACCAGGGGGAUUUUUUACAUUAUCCUUUUAAUCACAAGAAAGCACGGGCCGCCCCAUACCUGCUGCAUAUUGGGCAAAGCCCUCCCUCACCCCCGAUGUAGAUGUUUGUUUAUUUGACUAUUUGGGGGUUUGUUCAUAUUUUGGAGAGAGCUGGUUUUAUAUUUGUAAGUUGAUUAAUUACAGUGACACUUGUUUUUCAACCUGGAGAUUUGUAUUUGAGAAUUAGAUGUCAUCUCUGAGCCCUUAAGACUUUUUUUAGUUUGAUAUUUGACCUAGAAGAAAGUAAAAAAAAUCAAUCAAUUUUAAACUACUUAUAGUCCCAGAUAUAUUGUAAUUGGGUUGCAACAGCACCUAGCCAAUGUGACGACAUCUUGAUAAUGAUGGAUGUCUCUGUUUUGACAUGUAAAUGUUUUAGAGCAAUCUACAAUAAGACAGAAAUUAUCUACCAGAAUGAAACUUGGAGGUCUGGUUGUGUAACUAGUGACCGUUUGUAAAAUAGACCUUAUGUGCGCUGCAUUUCCUGUGAACUAUUUAAUUGGCACAAAGCCUUCAUGGUGGUAUAAUGUUAAAAUAGAAGUUCUCUUUCCUUUUGAAUGUGCUACUUUGACUCCUUUUUUGUUUUUGGCAAUUUUACAAUAAAAAUUAUUGUCUUUUUAAAUUUUGUUUAAUAAUUAAGGCAGAGAAGGUAUCAUAGCCAUGUUUUUGAAUAAUAAAGAAAAGC